AAGGAAAUAUUAAAACUUGCGUAUAAUACAAAAUUUUAUCCAUAGCACAUGUAUGAAAUCUAAAGACGGAGUGGAUACUUUGUAAUACCGGUUAUUUCGCUUUUUAUAAAAGCGAUAUAAAUUUUGUGAAUAUUUAAUCAUAAUGACUGCGUUAAGUGGUUUUAUGGAAUUUUUUCAAAAAGGAAAGACAUUUAGACCAAAAAAGAAAUUUGCUCAUGGAACUUUAAGAUAUUCUUUGCAUAAACAAGCACAAGCUUCAUUGAAUUCAGGAAUUAAUUUAAGAUCUGUUGUAAAAUUACCUCCUGGAGAAGAUCUGAAUGAUUGGAUAGCUGUUCAUGUGGUAGAUUUUUUUAAUAGAAUAAAUUUAAUAUAUGGUACUAUUUCUGAAUAUUGUGAUUCUGCAUCUUGUCCAACAAUGAGUGGCGGAGCUCGUUUUGAAUAUUUAUGGGCAGAUGGUGAAAAAUAUAAAAAACCUACUGCAUUACCAGCACCACAAUAUGUUAGUCUUCUUAUGGAUUGGAUUGAAGCUCAAAUUAAUAAUGAAACUAUUUUCCCUGUGUCAACAGAUGUACCAUUUCCAAAAACUUUUGUCCUAUUAUGUAGAAAAAUUUUAACACGUUUGUUCAGAGUUUUUGUCCAUGUUUAUAUACAUCAUUUUGAUCGUAUUGUAGCAAUAGGAGCAGAAGCACAUGUAAAUACAUGUUAUAAGCAUUUUUAUUAUUUUGUAACAGAAUUUGAAUUAAUAAACACAAAAGAAUUAGAACCACUAGCUGAAAUGACAGCUAAGGUUUGUAAGGAUACUGCAUCACCAACACAAACAACAGCACCAUCAAAUAAUACCAGAUAGUGAUAAACUUAAUAAAUGUAUAAAGCCAUAAUCAAAUUAGAAUGAGAUAAAUUUUUUCUAAUGAUGUCACAAAAUAUUACUUUUAUUGCUAUUUACAAAAUCGAAGAAUUUCAAGUGCUUUAUUCUGUAUAGUGCUUCUAAUCUUCUAUUGGAGAUAAUUUAAUAUAAUCAUCUCUUUUUAGUUAGUCAUAAAUGUUAUUAAUAUAUUAAAUAUAUAACAAAUUAUACAAUUAAUUUUAAAAAUCCAUCCUUUUUGUGGAUAAAUAGACACAGCAAUAAAUUGUAUUUACAUUUAUGUGCUUUGAAAACAAUUUGUGUAUAGAUUAAUAUUUGUAUUCAAGUAAUUUUAUAUAUCAAGUUUUAUAAAGAGAAUUUAAAUAUUAUUUAUAAUAUUAUUUCAUAAAAAUAUAUAAUUGUACAUAUAAUUUUGCGCUAUUAAGAUGCUUAUGUAAUAUUCUUAUAUAAUGUAUUAAAAAUUAAAAACAUUUUUUAUGAAAUUAAAUAAUACUGUAUUCAUAAUAAAAAUAUAACAUCAUACAGUA